GAAAGGUUCUUUCAACACAGCUCGGUCCUUUCUGAAGUUAAUCUGCGACUCCUCUCUUCACUUUGAAGCCCUUGGGCGAACCCCAAACUGGGCAUUGAUUUUGUGCAUUAGCAAGUCAAGGACGGGACAAUUGAAAUGGGUAUUUUUGGGUUUUGAGGAUGAAAGGAUUGGUUGGAUAUUGAUUUCUUGUUUGUAAUGGAAGGAGGAUUAAGUGGAAACACUGUUCUACCAAAUUCAAAUGAUAAAUUGAAAGUUUUGAAUGUAAAACCGCUACGUAUGUUGGUUCCUCAAUUCCCAGACUCCUCUGAGGGUCAUCCUUUUGUUUGUGUUCCUCCUAAUGGUCCUUUCCCUGCCGGGUUUUCUCCCUUUUUCCCAUUUAGUUUACCAUCGGGGUCCGAAUCUGCACCCGACCUUAGCCGGAAUGGCAUCAAUUCAAACGCCAUGCCAAUUAGGUCCUUCAGGACAGAAAAUUUAUCUCCAAUGGACACACACGGAAGUCACCAGCGAAAAUCAGCCGGAUCAAGUUCUGUUAAGAAGAAGAAAAGGAUGGACAGAGGUUCAAAGCUAUCUUUCGCUGCUACCGGUAAAUACGAUCCUGGAAUUAGUUUAUCUGAUCGAGAUGAUGGUAAUAGGGAACUGGUUGAAAAUGUGCUUUUGAGGUUUGAUGCUCUUAGGAGAAAGCUUAGCCAAAUAGAAGACACAAUGGAAUUGCCUUCUGGUGUUAUUAAGCGUGCAGAUUUGAAAGCUGGCAACACAAUGAUGAGCAAAGGGGUGCGGACUAACAUGAAAAAGAGAAUCGGUGCUGUCCCUGGUGUUGAAAUUGGGGACAUUUUCUUCUUCCGAUUCGAGUUGUGUUUGGUGGGAUUACAUUCUCAGUCUAUGGCUGGAAUUGACUAUAUGAAGGGUGAUUUAGAGGGAGAACUAGUGGCUUUAAGCAUUGUCUCAUCCGGAGGGUAUGAUAAUGAUGCUGAAGAUCCAGAUAUUUUGAUAUAUAGUGGUCAAGGUGGGUCUGCUGGUAGAGAUAAAGAAGCAUCUGAUCAGAAGCUUGAGAGGGGAAAUCUUGCUUUGGAAAAGAGCUUGCACAGAGGCAAUGAAAUAAGAGUCAUUCGGGGUCUCAAGGAUACUAUCAAUCAAUCGUCCAAGGUCUAUGUAUAUGAUGGGCUUUACAAGAUCCAAGAGUCAUGGAUGGAGAAGGGAAAAUCAGGUUGCAAUAUGUUCAAGUAUAAACUUGCCAGGAUCCCUGGGCAAACUGGUGCUUUUUCAACUUGGAAAUCAAUUCAGAGGAGGAAAGAAGGCGUAUCUUCAAGGGUCGGACUUAUUCUUUCUGACCUAACUUCAGGUGCAGAGAGCAUACCUGUUUCACUUGUAAAUGAGGUUGAUGAUGACAAUGGACCUGUUUACUUCACAUAUUUUCCUACUGUCAAGUAUUUGAAAUCAUUCGACUCUGUGCAAUCUACUCUGCGCUGUGAUUGCAGUGAAACUUGCCAACCAGGAAAUGCUAACUGCUCCUGCAUUCAAAAAAAUGGAGGUGACUUCCCUUACACUACCAAUGGUGUUCUAGUGUGUCGAAAACCCUUAAUAUAUGAAUGUAGUCCCUCCUGUCCAUGCGGUCGGAACUGCAAAAAUAGAGUUUCACAGACUGCUUUGAAAUUUCACUUGGAAGUUUUUAAGACAAGAGGUAGGGGUUGGGGUCUGCGGUCACGGGAUCCUAUUCGUGCAGGUUCAUUUAUUUGUGAAUAUGCAGGUGAAGUUAUUGACAAUAAAGUAAGCCAAGCAGGUGGAUAUGGGGGAAUUGAUGACUACAUUUUUUAUUCAAACCGACGCUACGAAUCCUUCAAGUGGAAUUAUGAACCUGAGUUAGUAGGAGAGGAAAGUUCAGACGCCCCUGAAGAUUUUGAUAGUCCAUAUCCCCUAUCAAUAAGUGCAAAAAACAUUGGAAAUGUAGCUCGAUUUAUGAAUCAUAGUUGCACUCCAAAUAUUUUUUGGCAGCCAAUCAUGUAUGAGCAUAACAAUGAAGCAUGUCUCCAUAUCGGUUUCUUUGCAAAGAAACACAUACCUCCUAUGACGGAGUUGACAUAUGAUUAUGGCACUCCACAUUCAAAUGAGACCGAAAGUAACAACAACACGUAUGGAAGAAAGAAAUGCUUAUGUGGAUCACAGAAAUGUCGGGGUUAUUUUUAUUGACGUCUAGGUCGCAUACUUGUAUGCUGUACACAAGAAAAAGAGGUUAGGAAUCUUUCUUAUCUUUGUCUCUUCAUGUAAUACAAUCCAUGCACUUCCUCUUUACUUGUUUAUAGCUUGUUUUAGGGAUGCAGAUUAUAGUUUUCUUGUGGCUGUCAUUACAUGCAGAAGAACUGACAACAUAUGAAACCUUGCAUGGUGUUCUUUUUUUCCAAGUUUGUUUUAAUACUCAAGUAUGUCAAAGUGCUUGCUCAUUAUCCUUGUUUAAGAGCUAAAACCACGUAGGACUUGUUAGUUCGGUUUGGUUAUCCUUGUUUAAGAUUAAGAAUCAAUUAUGAAUCACUGUUAGUUU